GAGCCAGUGAUUGCUUUGCUACUUCUUCCUUUAUUCUCUCUUUCUCUUUCUCUCUCUUGCCCCUUCAAAGAGGCACUUCAAUUUUCUCUUUUGGCAAAGACCAGCAUCCUUAAUUCUUCAAAAUUCUUUUACUAUGUAACACCCCCCACCCCAAAAAAAACCUCUGCUUUUUCUCUGUUCCUCUGCACCCAUUUAUUUUUUCCCCGGAAUUUCGAUUGUUAAGGUUGUUCCACAUCGUGUUUCAUUGCCACUCGACACUUUUCAGUCAAAAUUCCAUCUGGGGUUUUCGUGGAUCCGACCCAGAUCCUGUCUCUCUCUGAUCCAACUAUAUUGUUAAGAUUUGUCAUAAUAAGAAGCACCAUGGAUGUUGAUAAGGAGUUUUUUGCUGAAUCCUCUGGCUGCCUACAAUUAGUGUUUUUUGUUCAUAAAUAUAGCAUAGAUGAUACUAUCUUAUGAUGGCUAAGACAGAAGUGAUGUUGAAGAGAGGUUAUUGUUUCAUUGGAUGUUGUCUCUGUCAGGGAUUCAGUUAGUGCACUUGCUUGGCUAACUUGCUAAUUGAGGUUGCUGCUUUGUAUGAUUUGAAGAGUUUCAGUAAGGAGUGUGUUCUAACAAAAAAUCUUUAGUUGAGCCAAUUUUAAGCUAUGAUCAAGCAGAUAUUAAAUAGGCUCCCUCGGAAGCCCUCCAAAUCGGGGGAAAGUCGUGAAGGAGGGGCGAUAUUGACUCCCUCUUCAACUCCUUCGACAAGUGCAAGGAGCAGCGAUGCAGCAGGCUACAGCCAUGGAAAUGCAACUGCUUCACCUCUUUCAGGCACUGCUGAUUCUAAUUUGGUUCCUGGAUUAAAUCAUGGUGACAGGAUUGUCCAAGCUAUGAACUCAAAACUGAAUCUGAAUGGGAGUUUUCCAGUUACGGCCUAUGAAGCCUUGCCAAGUUUUCGUGAUGUUCCAAACUCAGAGAAGCAGAAUUUGUUUAUAAGAAAGCUGCAAAUGUGCUGUGUUCUAUUUGACUUCACUGACCCUACAAAGAACAUCAAAGAAAAGGAAAUUAAGCGACAAACACUAGUAGAACUUGUGGAUUAUGUUUCGACUGCUAAUGGGAAGUUUACAGAUGUUAUGAUGCAAGAAAUUGUAAAAAUGGUGUCUAUAAAUUUGUUCCGGACAUUUAUUUCUCCUCCCCGUGAGAAUAAAGUUCUAGAAGCAUUUGAUGUGGAUGAGGAGGAGCCUUCCAUGGACCCUGCCUGGCCUUACUUGCAAAUUGUGUAUGAACUGCUUCUAAGGUUCGUUACGUCACCAGAGACUGAUGCAAAGUUGGCAAAAAGGUAUAUUGAUCAUUCAUUUGUUCUGAGACUGUUAGACCUUUUUGAUUCAGAGGAUCCCAGGGAGCGGGAUUACUUGAAGACAGUUCUUCAUCGUAUUUAUGGGAAAUUUAUGGUUCACCGACCAUUCAUCAGAAAAGCAAUCAACAAUAUAUUCUACCGCUUCAUUUUUGAAACUGAGAAACACAGUGGGAUUGCAGAACUCUUGGAAAUUUUGGGAAGUAUAAUUAAUGGAUUUGCUUUGCCACUGAAAGAAGAGCACAAGCUAUUUCUUGUGCGAGCUCUUAUUCCUCUUCAUAAACCAAAAUGCAUACCAAUGUACCAUCAGCAGUUAUCUUACUGCAUCUCACAGUUUGUGGAAAAAGAUUGCAAGCUUGCGGAUACUGUUAUACGGGGACUAUUAAAAUACUGGCCCAUUACAAAUAGUUCUAAGGAGAUUAUGUUCAUAGGGGAGCUAGAGGAAGUCCUGGAAGCAACUCAACCUGCAGAGUUCCAACGAUGCAUGGUACCCUUGUUCCGCCAAAUAAGUCGUUGCUUGAGCAGUUCACAUUUCCAGGUAGCUGAGAGGGCUUUGUUCUUAUGGAAUAAUGAUCACAUUGAGACCUUAAUCAAGCAGAACUACAAAAUUAUACUUCCCGUUGUCUUACCUGCUCUGGAGUAUAACGCCCGAAACCACUGGAACCAGGCUGUCCAGAGCUUGACAAUAAAUGUCCGCAAGAUAUUCGCGGACACUGACCCUGAAUUCUAUGAAGAGUACAUGAUCAAAGUUCGGGAAAAUGAAGCGCAAGAGAAGGAUAUGAAGUCAAAGCGUGAGGCCAGAUGGAAGCGUUUGGAAGAUAUGGGAGGCAUGAAAGCUACAACCAACGAAGCAGUUCUAGUUUCUCCCAGAACUGCUUCUCAUACCCCUUCUGGCAAGGCAAGUAGAGCUCAGUUGGAGUGAUAAUUGAUUUUUGGCAUUGCAGAGUUGAAAAGCCAUAACUUAUGCUGCAUUGCAUUAUGCUGCAUAAGAAUACAAGGGAUGGUGAUAAUGUGUUGCUUUUUGUUGGUUCCAUUGGCCACAUGAUAAAAUUUCAAGGCCAAAAAAUGUGGGGUACAAAAUAGCCCCAAUUUGGUUUUACAAGCAUGGAAUGGAUGUAUAUAUUGAUUGCAUGGACAAGAAUGGUUGCCUCAAGCCACAGUUUAUUUGGGAAUUUUCCUUCUAAAGGUGACCUUUGCAGUUUGUUGUUGUGAAAAAAUCUCAAUGGCCUGAGUUCAACGGUUUAUCUGCUUUCAUACUUUAACUUUGAUGGAAGCAUGCUUCAUUUUUUUGUUGCCAAUGUUUAGUGUUAAUCUUGGUUCCUUUGUGUAGGUGAGUUGGUUGUUUAAGGAAAUUGGGCAAUUAGAGCUUAUCUUAUAUGAAUUGCGGUGGACACUGUAUUUUAUAUAUGAUAUGAUGAAAGCAAAUUAUUUUAGUGAAUGUUUUGUCAAUUUGUCACUGAUAAAAAUAUUCAAUGAA